ACGCGAGGUUCGUUCACAGUUCGUUGUUAUCACAACAAUUGGGACGGUCGAGAGGGCGGAGAUCGAGGCCCCGCGUACAGGUCCGAGUGGCGCGGAAGCCGACGUUCGGUCCCCGGAUGAGGUAGGCCCUCGUAGCGCCCGAGCACGGUGACGUCCGUCGAAACACGAGGCCCGCCGCCGUGUCGGCCCAGCGUUAGCGAGUAUCGUUCACGACGAGUGUGCCCUCGCCGUUAGCGUUUCGCGGCCCUCGCGGCCGGUCGUCGUUAGGGGAGCCCGUCCGCGUCCACGGUUCGCGCCGUACGGGGCGCGAGGACCUGAGGAUGCCGUUCUGAGCGCGGCGCCAUGAGCACAAGUGGGACGGAGUUCAGCGAGGCGUCCGCGCCGGAUCCCGCCGGAUCCCAGGCGGUGGCCGACGUGAAUAUCGGCGCUUCGACGAGCGAGGACGCGAGCAACGAUGGGGAGGCUCUCAUGGACGAUUGUAAUGGCAGCCCGUCCGGACGGAGCCGUUACGGCCGUGCGAUUAAGCCCAGGUUCACCACGGCCACUAAUGUCGAUUGCCCGCAGACUUGGAGGCCAAAGACGCGUAGACAAUUAUUAAAUUCCAUCGAUGCUAGCGUGGACGAAAAUAUAGAUGAUAUUAGUAUAGCUAAUAAUACAGAUGAGGCCAGCGACUCGUCUACUACGUUAAACAGUAUAGAGGAGAUUCUAUCUCCGACAGCAAUCGGCCCUGGCAUUGAAUGCUCGUGGAAGGUGGGUCAGUUGGCGUGGGCGAGAGUCGGCAAUUUCCCAUUCUGGCCUUGUAUGGUAACGGUCGAUCCGGCUUCAAGGAUAUAUUAUAAAUUGAGAGUUAGAUCCAGGUCAAUUACGACAAUGGUGCAUGUUCAUUACUUCGGAGACAAAGGGCGACACAGCUGGGUCUCGGCAAACUGUAUGAUGGAAUUCACGAGUCUCGUUGACUUCCUGAAAUUAGGAGAAUCACUGACUGCCGAAAUGAAGAGGAAGGAUUCUAAGUACGCUGCCGCUUUCAUUGUGAAGCCGACAACAAAACCCAAAUGGCAAAACGCUGUUCAUGAAGCUACGCGAGCACAGCCAAAGACAGUUGAAGAAAGAAUUGCAAUUUUUGCAAGAAAAAAUAAAUUCUCGACGUCUAGAGAUUCAAAAUUAUUUACUGUCAAUGACAAAAAUAAGAACAAAAGGAAAUACUUGACUGAGCAAGAUGAGCUUGAUAUUAAACGUCCUAAGCAAGAGAAUGUAUCUAAUGAAAAACCGGAAGUAUCAAAGCCACGUAGAUCGAAAUUAUCAAAGUCGAGAAAUUCAUUGAUUGUAAAUGGUAAAAUUAAUUCAAAACUAAACUCAGAUUCUCUGUCUUCGUCUCCUGCAUGUCAUAAAAGUUCUUUCGAAGGUACAAACGCAAACAUGAAAAAUAUGGAGGAUGAGAGUAUGUUUAAACUUUAUUACGAAGACAACAAGCAUUUGCUAGAGAUUGAAUAUCCCUAUAUGCCAGAAAGCGACAUUGAAACAUACUUGAGAAAAACUUGGCACGAAAUGGGCGCGGAAUACCACAAGAAAUUCGGAUUGCACAUGACAAAUGAAAGCUUGCACUUGAAGGAAAGCAGUCCAGAUGAAGUCGAGAUGUCGGUCGACGUCGACACAACUGUGAAGGAGAAUAAAAAGAUAAAGUCUAAGGUUGACAGGGAAGAAAAUUCUGCUUCUGAAACGAGACGAAGGAGAUCGUACAAAAGCUUGCACUCGCAUUCGAAAGAAAGCACACCGGAAGACGACGAUAUAUUAAUUGAUCUUGAUGUAACUAUAAAAGAGAAUAAAAAGACGAAAAAUAAAAUUGAUAGGGAAGAAAAUUCUAUUUCAGAAACGAAACGGAGUAGACUGUACAAUCUCUUCAGAGGUCUGAAGCUAGAAAAGGUUUGUCAAAUUUGCGAGAAGACAGGCAAGUUAACGAGAUGUAAGGGGCCUUGCUAUUCUUACUUUCAUUUAUCGUGUGUAAAACCUGGCGAAUCCAGUCCAGAAUAUUCUGUUGACGAGAAUACAUUAGAUGACAGAUUACUUAGCGACUUGAACAUAAUUAAAAGAAGUAUUAAUGGCGAAAACGAAAAUAAUGGUAAAUCCGAAGAACAAGAGGACGAGACAUUCAAAUGUAUCGACUGCCUAUCUGGAGUAGCACCCGCUUGUUUCCUAUGCAAUGAGAGGGAAGGGGAUAGAGUUAGAUGUAACGUUCCAGCUUGCGGAAAACAUUAUCAUUCCAACUGCUUAAUAUCGUGGCCCCAGUCACACUGGCAGGGCGGACGCUUGAUAUGCCCGUAUCACGUGUGCCACACCUGCAGCUCCGACAAUCCACAACACAAUCGUUCGCGCGCCACGAACGAGAGAAUGGCAAAAUGUGUCCGUUGCCCUUCGUCUUAUCAUGCGUCGACAUUGUGUCUGCCGGCUGGUUCAGCAAUUUUAACGGCCAGUCAAAUUGUAUGCCCAAAACAUUACAAAGCACCGCAUCCUCCACUGAAUGCAACCUGGUGUUUCCUCUGUACACGUGGUGGAAGUCUCAUUUGUUGUGACACAUGUCCGACUUCCUUUCAUUUGGAAUGCCUAGGUAUAGAUGCGCCUGACGGUGGAUUUAUCUGUGAAGAUUGCGAGACAGGAAGAUUACCUUUGUACGGGGAAGUUGUAUGGGUAAAACUCGGCCAUUAUCGAUGGUGGCCGUCUCGUAUAUGUUAUCCACAUGAAAUUCCUGAAAACGUUAGAGACAAAGCUAAAAGUCCUGGUAAAUUUUGCGUAAUGUUUUUGGGAUCCAAUGAUUAUUAUUGGGUGCACAGAGGUCGGGCCUAUUUGUAUCAAGACGGCGAUGGAAAUAUAAAACCACCUAUAGGUAAAAAGUCUAUGAUGGAUGAUGCAUACCGGAUAGCGCUUGAGGAAGCCAAAAGAAUACAUCAGCAAGUAAAAGCGAGACGAUCCAUGACCAAGGAACCGAAAGGACUGAAACCGCCACCAUACGUAAAAUUAAAAGUCAAUAAACCAGUGGGUAACGUGAAGCCAACCGAAGUCGAGAGCGAAGUGGCGUGCGAAUGCGAGGCCACGUGGGAUAAUCCUUGCGCGCCUGGUACGGAUUGUCUGAAUCGUAUACUAAUGGUCGAAUGCAGUCCGGCAAAUUGUCCAGCUGGAGCCAAAUGCAUGAAUCAGUCGUUCGUGCUGCGACAAUACCCAGCGAUGGAGCCAUUUCAUACCGUGGGCCGCGGAUGGGGCCUGAGAUCGUUGGAGGAAAUUAAAGCGGGACAAUUUGUCAUCGAAUAUGUGGGAGAAAUUAUAGACGACGCCGAAUACAAGCGCAGAUUGCAUCGAAAAAAGGAAUUGAAAAAUGAGAAUUUCUACUUCCUGACGAUAGACAACAACAGAACGAUUGACGCGGAACCGAAGGGAAAUCUUAGUCGAUUUAUGAAUCAUUCGUGCGCCCCAAACUGCGAAACGCAAAAGUGGACGGUAAACGGAGAUACACGCAUCGGUCUAUUCGCUUUGCGUGACAUAGACAAUGGGGAAGAAUUAACGUUUAACUACAACCUGGCGUCCGACGGAGAAACGCGAAAGGCGUGUCUUUGCGGUGCCUCAAAUUGCAGUGGUUUUAUCGGAUUAAAAGCACAAAAACAACCGUUGCCAACGGUUACACAAACGGUUACACAAUCGGUUGCACAAACGGUUACACAAACGGUCACGCCGUUAAAGAAAAUUUCUACGCCGAAGAUAGAUAAACGAUUUAAAAUAUGGAGAAUAUACAGAUGUUGGCAAUGUGGACUAGACAUAUCAUUGACUGAAAAAUUUAUAGUCUGUUCACAAAAGACGUGUAACAAAAAGUAUCACAAAACAUGUGUAGUAAUCGAUGAAGCAGCAGAAUCGAAAUUCUGUUGUCCGUGGCAUUUUUGUUCAGAAUGCGGACGUCGAACAUCAGCACACUGUUCAUAUUGUAGCACUGCCUUUUGCCAAGUUCAUCUCGAUGGCAACUUAUUCGAACGAGAGAGCGAGAAGGGUGGCGUCGUAUGCAAGUUGCAUGAAAAUGCGGAUGCGCAGAAGUCUGUCGAAGACGAAAAAGAAUAUUCGGAUAACGAUACAGAUAAAGAGUAUUCUUCGACAAGCUCCACUAGUCCGGUCGUAAUGGAAAAAAUUGCUAAGCGAGAACCAUCACCAAGGGUUUCUAUCGUAGAGGUUCAUCUAAGCAGCGAAGAGAGUGAAGAAUCUCAAAAGGAAGAGGAAGAGAACAAUCUCGAGAAUAAUAUCACGUCAUAUGAUAAAAGUUCACCGACAAUGAAAAAAGCAACACUUCAUAAGUCACAGAAGAAAGAAAAUCAAGCGAAGGAGUUAAGUAAUCUUACAUCUAGUCAACUGGAAGCUAUAAUUGGCGUUAGCCUCCAUGAAUGAAUUUCUCUGUCUCAUUCAAUGAAAUUCCCCGUUGUCCAUAUAGCAAAGCUUACUAAUAUAAUUGACGAUUAUAUAUAAUUAUAUCAGUUAAUAAGUUAUAUAUAAUUAUAUAUAAUAUAAAUU